CUGGUGGUGUCAGAAGAGUACAACACACUACGGUAAGAAUUAAAAAUGGCGGCAAACACAAGGGAUAAUUCAAGUGGCAGCUCCAAACACAAACCUCGACAAGAGCGUUUUUCUGUGCAAACAGCAUUGGAGCAAUUUUGGCUAAAUGAUGGAGACAACUCAGAUUUGGAAGACUUGUCUGACAACGAUGAUCCCAUCCUGGAUGCCAAUUACCAACCCCGAACACAGGAGCGAAGCAGCAGUGAGGAUGAGGAUGACAGUAGUGAUGAUGAGGACCCCAUUCCUCAGCCCACUGAGCACAGCAGAGGACGUAAACGUCUCCGUGGUGCAAAUAAUGGAGCCUGUCCAUGCAGACAAUAUCUGCCAAUGAAGCCAAACCCAGUUGGCAUCAAGAACUUCGUUUGUGCUACAGCAGAUGGCAUUGUGCUGGACUUUGAUCUGUAUCAAGGUACAGGUGCACUGCUUGAGCAGGUCGAAGAAGAGGUGGGCCUGGGGUUGGGAGGCUUAGUCUUGGCUCGUCUGUGUCAAACUCUGCAUCGUGGCACAAAAGUGUAUUGUGACCGGUUCUUCACAAGCAUCCGAGGUGUGGAACAAAUGAUGAAGAAGGAGAUGUACAUUACUGGUACAAUAAUGAAGAACAGACUCGCUGGCGCGAAGGAGAAGCUACCCUCUGACAAAACCAUGAAAAACACAGGAAGAGGUACCUCAUCAGAACUUUCCACUGAAGACGGAAAGUUGUGUGUAGUGAAGUGGUAUGACAACAAACCAGUAUUGAUGAUGUCUGUUGUUCAUGGCACAGAGCCUGAAGACACCUGCCAGCGCUGGGACAAGAAAUUGAAACAGUAUGUGACUGUCUCGCGACCAAGCAUUGUCCGUGAGUACAACCUCAAGAUGGGUGGAGUGGAUUUGAUCGAUAGAAUGAUUAGCUACUAUCGCAUGAGCGCCCGUACUAAGAAGUGGACGAUGCGGAUGCUAAUGCACUUCACAGAUCUGGCUUUAGGUAACAGCUGGCUACUCUACCGCAAAGACCUCGCAAUAUGUGCUGCACCAAAGAAGAGCAUCAUGCAGUUCCUUGAGUUCCGUACAGAAAUUGCUACGACCCUCUUGGCCCAGCAUCACGGUCAAGGAAGCCAUGCAGACCUCUCUGAACAGUCAGAGGAAGAAGACAACUCAAAUCAAGGGAACAAACGUCCUGUGACGGCAGUGCCCCAUGUCUCGGUCCGCAGGAGGGCGAAUGCCCAUCUCCCAGAGAUGAUCAGCCUGAAGAACGCGGCGCGCUGCAGGGUAGCAGGCUGCACUGGAAGAACCCGAGUGCGUUGUGUGACCUGCAAAGUGUUUUUGUGCUUGCAAGGCGAUCGCAACUGUUACACAGCCUUUCACACAUAGACACACAUACACUGCAGCACAACACACACACACACACACACACACACACACACACACACACACACACACUGCUGCAAUGCAAAAUUUCACAUAACACAUACUGUAACUGUGACUCUCCAAAGGGGGCAAAAAUGUUUUGUUUUUCUUCAUUUUGUUGUGUUUUUUCACAAUGAUGUUCAAAACACAAACAAUAGUUGAAAGUUGAAAAAACUGCUGUGUUCAAGGUUGAAAUAAAAUAGUUUUUCACUCUAUUACAAAAAGGUGACUUUAAUGUGUUUUAUGGAAAUUCAGACCCAGUGUCCACAUAUGUGGACAUCAUUUUUCUCUAAAAGUACAUCAUGUCAAAAGAUGAUACUUAGUUUUUAUACUUAUCAGGUUCCAAUAAGCCCAAAUAGCAAAGAGAAAUAAAAAAUGCAUAUAAAAAAACAGCUCGGGUCUUAG